GACUGCGGACACAGUACAGGAGAUGACCAGAGAUUGCGGACACAGUACAGGAGAUGACCAGAGACUGCGGACAGUACAGGAGAUGACCAGAGACUGUGGACACAGUACAGGAGAUGACCAGAGACUGCGGACAGUACAGGAGAUGACCAGAGACUGCGGACACAGUACAGGAGAUGACCAGAGACUGCGGACAUAGUACAGGAGAUGGAGCUGAGACUGCGGACACAGUACAGGAGAUGACCAGAGACUGCGGACAGUAUAGGAGAUGACCAGCGACUGCGGACAGUACAGGGGAUGACCAGAGACUGCGGACAGUACAGGAGAUGACCAGAG